UGCACACGUUUGUGACAAUUUUGAUUUGUUCGUCACAUUUUUUGCUUUCAAUUUUCUACUAAACAAGGAAGCAUUGAAAAAAUCCGUGAAACCUAUACGGAAAAAACGAAAUUUUAUAAAAAUUCUCAUUAUAUUAAGUAAAAAUUGAGCAAUUGCAGAGAAUACUUCGACAGAAUGUCCGAUGAUUGGGAGACAGCCGCUGAUGAGGAGGUAGUUAUACGACCUAAGAUAGCAAAUGAUGUGAACAAAUGGAAGGGAGAGGACGAUGAUGAGGACGUAAAGGACAGUUGGGAAGACGAGGAGGAGAAGAAAGAUGAGGAGAAACACCAAGAUGAAACAAAGACAACAGUGCCAAUCAAAUCAAAACCAAACAAAGCGUUAAAAGCUAAACUUAGCGAGCAGGAGCGAUUAGCAGAAGAAGAAGAGGCGAAACGUUUAGCUAAUUUAACGCCUGAAGAAAAGUUAGCUGAAAAAUUACGCUUGAAAAAAAUUCAGGAGGAAUCGGACCUCAAAAGCGCACUCGAAACAUUCGGUGUGUCUAAUAUUGGUGGCGGUUUGGACGCGUUUAAUCCACAAACAAAAGAGGAAUUCAAGGAAUUCGGUGCGACGCUCAGUUGGAAAUUGUCACAAUACAAAGAGUCGCCACAUUUCCCACAGUUCGUUGAAGAUUUAAUACGUAGCAUAUGUGUGAAUUUAUCUGCCGCGGACAUUAAGAAAGUGAAAAUGAAUGUAGAAAGUUUGCACACGGAAAAACUUAAAAUGGAGAAACAAAACGCGAAAAAACCUCCAAACAAGGGCAAAAUUAAAGCCUCACUGCGUACAGAAAAUGAUGAUAUUGAUGGCUAUCAGAAAUACGGCAACGACUAUGCAGAUGACUAUGAUGACUUCAUGUAAAUACUGUUGAGAUGCGCAUACCAUAUUGCAUAAAGAAAUGUUUGCUUCAUGUUUUUUUUUUUGUUAAAAAUGAAAUAGAAUACAUAUAAAUAGAUCGCUAUGACCUACAUCUAAAAC